AUGGGAUCUUACUUUGAGCGAGUUUGGAGAGUAGCUGCUCCGGAGAGGGUAUGCUUGUUUCUGUGGUUAGUUAGCCAUCAAGUGAUAAUGACUAAUGUGGAGCGCAAACGCCGGCACCUCAGUGACUCCGAUGUGUGCUCUGUUUGUAAAGGUGACUUCAAAACUAUUAUGCAUGUUUUGAGAGAUUUUCCGGCUAUGGCUGGGAUAUGGGAGAGGAUUGUUCCAGCCGGGAUGCGACAUCUCUUCUUUAGUCAAUCUCUGUUGGAAUGGUUGUAUGACAACUUGCAGGAGGGAGUUAUUAUUACUGAUGUCCCAUGGUCUACAACCUUUGCGAUGGCGGUAUGGUGGGGCUGGAAGUGGCGGUGUGGUAAUGUUUUUGGAGAUAACCGACUAUGCAGAGAUCGGGUCAAGUUUGUGCGGGAGCUCGCGGCAGAGGUAUGGCGAGCAUAUCAAACAGUGAGUUUGAAGUCGGGACCGAGAGCCAGAGUCGUGAGAGAUAUAGGUUGGCAAGCUCCGUCUGCAGGUUGUUUCAAGCUGAACACAGACGGUGCUUCUCAUGGCAAUCCCGGUUUGGCGACGGCCGGAGGAGUGAUCAGAGAUGGAGAUGGAAAAUGGUGUGGCGGCUUCGCAUUGAACAUUGGACGUUGCACCGCUCCUUUAGCUGAACUAUGGGGUGUGUACUACGGGUUAGUGAUCGCGUGGGAGAGGAAGUUUUCGCUGUUGGAAUUUGAAGUGGAUUCCGAACUGGUGGUUGGGUUUCUGAAGAGAGGGAUCAACACGUCGCAUCUCUUAUCUUUCCUGGUGCGCUUGUGCCAUGGCUAUCUUGAGAAGGACUGGUCAGUCCGUAUUACGCAUGUAUUCAGAGAAGCUAACCGACUGGCAGACAGCUUGGCGAAUCAUGCGUUCUCGCUACCUUUAGGAUUUCAUCUUUUUGAACAUGUUCCCCCAUUACUAGAGUCACUAAGAUGGGAAGACGAGAUUGCGGUCACAAGCCUUAGACUUGUGUCGUUGUAA